AUGCAAAAUACAAUUUCUAAUAUUUGGUGCAAUAAAGAUAAAUGGCUUUCUAUCAAUGAUAAUACACCUUUAUCUAAGAAAAAGAAAAUCCGACCCUUAUCCUAUCCCCAAAUUGAAUCUGCAUUAGCUAUCUGGCUUAAUAUAGCAGUUAACAACCAUAUUACUAUCACUACUGAUGUUUUUAAGCAGAAAGCAAAGGAUUUUGCUGUUCACUUUGACAUUAAUUAUUUUACAGGGUCAGCUGGCUGGAUCUCAGGUUUUAAACAUCGUUAUAAUAUACAGUCAUACUUAAAAUCUGGUGAAGGGGACAGUGCUUCUCAAAAAAGUCUCGAAGAAGAAUGUGCAAAGUUGCAUGAUAUAAUAAGUAAUUAUGAUCAUCAAGAUAUAUUCAAUUGCGACGAAACUG